AUGCUUCUUAUGCAAAAAAAGCCCAGGCCUGACCCCGGUGAAAUAAAUGAAGCAAUUAGGCUCUUUUCUGGUUUAGCGGACCUUGAUUUUGAGCCUGGUUAUAAUAAUCAUAUAUACUUUCAAUAUCUGUCUAAUAGUAAAGAUGAUAUCACUCUUCUAGAUACCCAUCAUUCUGAGGAAAUUUUUGAUAAAUUUAUUAUUCGGGUUGCAGGUAAGGGAUUCACAGUAGUAAUUCACCCAUCCGAAGUUUAUAGGUUACCUGAUGCUCAUAAAUGCAUUGAUGGGAAUUUGCCUCUUUGCCUCGUUCUGGACAUCGACGUGAGACAAAAACCUGAUCCCAUGAAUCCCAAACACCCUUCCUUAGAUGGAUAUAAAAUUUCUCGUGAAGAUUUAUUAUCCAGAAUCUUAAUUGCCUGUGCUGAUAUUAUAUACUUCGAUUUAAAAUAUCUCAUAACUUUAAAUGCUUUACCUUAG